GAGUUAAAGUGGGAGGCCCCUGGCUUGGUCCCCUCCCGUUAGAUCCCGGGCCGCGCCUGGGUCCCCUCCCUCCUACCCACUCGGCGCCCGCACCUCGGGCCGUCAGGACCCGGGCUGUCCUUGGGAGGUACCCAGACGUCCUCUCCAAGUCAGGACAUCAGGGUACAUGACGACUCUCAAGAUGCUCCAGGGUUCUUUAUCUGUGCUCCUGCUUGGGGGGCUCCUGGGGGUCCUCCAUGCCCAGCAACAGGAAGUCAUCUCACCUGACAUCUCCACCACCGACCGGAACAACAACUGUCCAGAGAAAACUGACUGCCCAAUCAACGUGUACUUCGUAUUGGACACCUCGGAGAGCGUGGCCAUGCAGUCCCCCACAGACAGCCUGCUCUAUCAUAUGCAGCAGUUCGUACCGCAGUUUAUCAGCCAGCUGCAGAAUGAAUUCUACCUGGACCAGGUGGCCCUGAGCUGGCGCUACGGUGGCCUACACUUCUCUGACCAGGUGGAGGUGUUCAGCCCACCAGGCAGCGACCGGGCCUCCUUCACUAAGAGCCUGCAAGGCAUCCGCUCCUUCCGCAGGGGCACCUUCACCGACUGUGCCUUAGCCAACAUGACACAGCAGAUCCGGCAGCAUGUGGGCCGGGAUGUGGUCAACUUUGCCGUGGUCAUCACUGAUGGCCACGUCACGGGCAGUCCUUGCGGGGGCAUCAAGAUGCAGGCUGAGCGUGCCCGUGAGGAGGGCAUCCGGCUCUUUGCUGUGGCCCCUAACAGGAACCUCAAUGAACAAGGCCUGAGGGACAUCGCCAACACCCCGCAUGAGCUCUACCGCAAUAAUUACGCCACCAUGCGGCCCGACUCUACAGAGAUUGACCAGGACACCAUCAACCGCAUCAUCAAGGUCAUGAAACAUGAAGCCUAUGGAGAGUGCUACAAGGUGAGCUGUCUGGAGAUUCCUGGACCGCACGGACCCAAGGGCUACCGAGGACAGAAGGGUGCCAAGGGCAAUAUGGGUGAGCCAGGAGAGCCUGGACAGAAAGGACGACAGGGAGACCCCGGCAUCGAAGGUCCCAUCGGAUUCCCAGGACCCAAGGGUGUGCCUGGCUUCAAGGGAGAGAAGGGUGAAUUUGGAUCGGAUGGUCGGAAGGGAGCGCCCGGCCUAGCUGGCAAGAAUGGAACAGACGGACAGAAGGGCAAACUGGGCCGCAUCGGGCCUCCUGGUUGCAAGGGAGACCCCGGAAGUCGGGGCCCCGAUGGAUACCCGGGAGAAGCUGGAAGCCCGGGUGAGCAAGGAGACCAGGGUGCCAAGGGGGACUCUGGCCGCCCAGGACGCAGGGGACCCCCAGGAGAUCCUGGCGACAAAGGAAGCAAGGGAUAUCAAGGCAACAAUGGAGCUCCUGGCAGUCCAGGAGUGAAAGGAGGCAAGGGAGUGCCCGGACCCCGAGGACCCAAAGGAGAGCCCGGACGCAGGGGAGACCCAGGGACCAAGGGCAGCCCGGGCAGUGAUGGUCCAAAGGGAGAGAAGGGAGACCCUGGUCCUGAGGGGCCGCGAGGCCUGGCUGGAGAAGUCGGCAGUAAAGGAGCCAAGGGAGACAGAGGUUUGCCUGGACCCAGAGGCCCUCAGGGGGCUCUUGGGGAACCAGGAAAGCAGGGAUCUCGGGGAGACCCUGGUGAUGCUGGGCCUCGAGGAGAUUCGGGACAGCCAGGCCCCAAGGGAGAUCCUGGAAGGCCUGGAUUCAGCUACCCAGGACCCCGAGGGACACCCGGUGAAAAAGGAGAGCCCGGCCCACCAGGCCCUGAGGGAGGCCGAGGAGACUUUGGUCUGAAAGGAGCACCCGGACGGAAGGGGGACAAAGGGGAGCCGGCUGAUCCUGGUCCCCCUGGUGAGCCUGGCCCUCGGGGGCCAAGAGGAAUCCCAGGACCUGAGGGAGAACCCGGCCCUCCAGGAGACCCUGGUCUCACGGAAUGUGACGUCAUGACCUACGUGAGGGAGACCUGUGGGUGCUGUGACUGUGAGAAGCGCUGCGGCGCCCUGGAUGUGGUCUUCGUCAUCGACAGCUCCGAGAGUAUUGGCUACACCAACUUCACCUUGGAGAAGAACUUUGUCAUCAACGUGGUCAACCGGCUGGGCGCCAUUGCCAAGGACCCCAAGUCUGAAACGGGCACACGUGUGGGUGUGGUGCAGUACAGCCACGAGGGCACCUUUGAGGCCAUCCGGCUGGACGACGAGCGAGUCAACUCCCUGUCCAGUUUCAAGGAGGCUGUCAAAAACCUCGAAUGGAUCGCUGGUGGCACUUGGACGCCCUCCGCCCUCAAGUUUGCCUACAAUCAGCUCAUCAAAGAGAGCCGGCGCCAGAAGACCCGGGUGUUCGCAGUGGUCAUCACGGAUGGGCGCCAUGACCCCCGAGAUGAUGACCUCAAUCUUCGGGCAUUGUGUGACCGAGAUGUCACCGUGACGGCCAUCGGCAUUGGCGACAUGUUCCACGAGACUCACGAGAGUGAGAACCUGUACUCCAUCGCCUGCGACAAGCCGCAGCAGGUGCGCAACAUGACGCUGUUCUCUGACCUGGUGGCCGAGAAGUUCAUUGAUGACAUGGAAGACGUCCUUUGUCCAGACCCUCAGAUUGUGUGUCCAGAACUUCCCUGCCAAACAGAUGAACCAUGGCCUGGGAACAAGCCCCCGGUCACCUUCCUCCGCACGGAAGAGGGUCCGGACCCCACCUUCCCCAAGACCAUCCCCCUGAUCCAGCAGUUGCUAAACGCCACGGAGUUCACACAGAACCCAGCUGCCUACUCCCAGCUGGUGGCCGUGAUGGUCUACACCGCCGAGAGGGCCAAGUUCUCCACAGGGGUCGAGCGGCAGGACUGGAUGCAGCUGUUCAUUGACACCUUUAAACUGGUGCACAGGGAUAUCACAGGGGACCCAGAGAGUGUGCUGGCACUCUGCUAAAGCCUCGGGUUCACUGUGGGCAGAUAGCCAGAGCCCACCCCUCAUUUCUUAGAGAUUCCCAGGGCUGCCACAAGCUGGGGCCUCAGGUAGUAGGAACCUAGGAGCCUGCCCUCCCGACUCCUGAGGCCGGAAGUCUUAUGUCUUUAAUACAGUACUCUCUGAAGGGUGCCUCCUGCUUCCUCCAGCCUCUGAUAGAGCUUCCAUCUUUGGCUUGUGGGCACGCCUCUCCAGCAUCACGUCUGUCUUCCCAUAGACUCUUCUUUGUAUCCCUAUGUCCCUUCUCUUCCUCUUCCUCCUCCUCCUCCUUUUCCUCUUCCUUCUCCUCCUCCUCUUCCUCUUUCUCCUUUUUUCCUUUCCCUUCUCUUCCUCGUCUUCCUCCUUCUUUCCUCCUCCUUUUCCUCUUUUUCCUUCUCCUCCUCUUCUUCCUCCUCCUUCUCCUCUUCUUCCUCCUCCUCUUCUUCCUUCUCUUUUUCAUCCUCUUCCUCCUCUUCUUCCUCCUCCUUCUUUUCCUCCUCUUCUUUUUCCUCCUCUUCCUUUUUCUCCUCCUCGCGUUUUGCAUUUUGUUUUUAGAGACAAGGUUUCUCUGUAUUACAGCCCUAGCUGUUCUAGAACUUGCUUUGUAGGCCUGGAACUCACAGAGAUCUGCUUGCUUCUGUCCCCUAGCGCCACCCCCAGUGCUGGGAUUAAAGGUGUGCACUGUCACGCCCCACUUUUCUCUCCUCUUCUUUUUGACAAGGACAUCAGUGAUUGAAGGCCCACCUUAAGUCCCAGAAGCUCACAUCUGGCAAAGGACUGUACCAUCAGGAUUAUAUUAAGGUUCUUGAGAUGUAAACUUCUGGGCAUUCAGCAGAGCACACCACCUCUGUCCAGCUUAGCAGUCCUGUGUUUCAAAACACCAGUGGGGUGGUGCUAUUUGAAUACUUGGGGAGGUCCCCCUGUCCUGGUCCUGUCUGGGCCCCAUGUUUGGUGUCAGGUAUAUGAUCAUAGCUCACAGAAACCAUGGGACUGUAACAAGGGCCUUAAUGUGUCUCAGCAACUGUCACACCCACAAGGUCAAAGUCUCAGUGUUGUCCAAACACCAGACUGUGUUCCCAGCCUGAUCUCUGUAUAUGAAGGCAUCAUGAGGAGAGUGUAUGGCAGGCAGGAUUUUUGAUACCCUCAGUCACCUGACUAAGAACCAUAAAAGCCUCCUCUCUCAGUAUGGGGAGUAGCAAAGAACACUGCAAAGUCAUGAACCGCCAAGGCAAGUUCAUGAACCUGGCAUGUUCUGACAGAGCUUAAGGGACCUCAUCAGGCUGGGCAGAUAUCCUCAACCCCAUCUGUAUCCCUCUCUCCCAGGGUGAGGCUUAUCCUCCUGGGAGGGUGGCAUCUUUACUGCCCAGAGCAGGCUGGCACCAGACUCCCUGCUGUGAGAUCACAGGUAGAAGAAGGGAACCCCACAGAAAUGGAGCACAGAGCCCUGAGUCCCCAAACUCCCUACUACUUGUAUUAUUCACCAGAGGCCCCCGGCCUCCUCCAGGCCCUGUAGAUGUUGAUAUUAAGGGUCAGUUCUCACGCCAGCAGCCUGCACUCUUUGUCAGCCUCUGGCUUUGUGGGAAUAGCUGUAAGGGGGCCAGUCAGUUAGGAAGAGCUAGGAAAUCCAGUUGUUCCCCAAAAUUUUCUGGACAUUCUGAACAGAUUCCAGGGAUGGCGGGCGGUGCAGAAGGUAUGUGGCUAAUAGCUCAGUAAAAAAAGACCCUGCCCAUCAGGGGCACUACCUGACUCCUGACUCCGGGCUCAGACCCAGAGGUAGUGAGUGAUUGUAAAACAUUUUAUAAAAAGAUGGAACUCGUAACUAUG